GUCUUUGUCUGUUCACACUGGUGUUCACUGCUCCUCAAAGAUGACUGUUAGGUGGCUGGCUCUCACCCUUCUCUGCUGCUUAUUGAACUGCGUGGACUCUCUGUCGCCAGUCGUUCAGAGGAAUAAAUACAACAACUCCUUUCGUCUCACCAGGUCCACCCGAGGCCGUGUUCAGCAGCUGCUGAUGAAAUACAAGGAACAGCACUUGGGAAAUAAGCAUUUUGAGGACAGAGGCCGACAGCUGAAGGACCUGCCAUUACUUUCUACAGAUUUCUACAAAUGGCUAAAGCUGACGGACUGGCAGCGACUGCUCGCAGCUUUCGGGGACAUGCAGACUUACUGGAACAUGCUGGACAGGAAGAGGAAACAGCUGGAGGAGGAGGACGAGCACAUGGCCGUCCACGACACUUUUCCUCAGAGCAUCAAGCACAUUCAGCUGGAUCUGAGGGAUCUGAUGAGCCAAAUCAGCACUCAGAUGAGUUACAUCAAUAGAUCUUGGAAGAGAACAACUUCUCCUUUUAUACAACCUGUGGUGAACUCACAAACCAGCUCCAAAACCAUGUGGGACCACCGGGUGGAGGGUUACAUCAUUCUCCGGGAUCUAGACCUUUACCUCACCAAGCUGGCAAGAGACUUUCUACUGCUGGCUUCCAAAACACACUUAUGACUCGCUGCUGAAAAAGAGCAACGUAACCACUGAUGACUAAUAUCCGGCAAAAAGAGAAAGAAGCUGAAAUGACAGCACUCAAGUGAAAAACAGCUGUGAUGACUUUAAUCAAGAGUUGGUGGUGUGAUCAAAAACUUUACAUGGAGCUUUUUUUUUCUUUUUUUAUAACUCUGCCUCUUUUUUUUCAUUGGGGUAUUUUAAUAUUUGAAGGCAGUCUUGGGUAUUCCCCACAGUUUCUGUCUUAUAGCUAACUGUAACUUAGAAAAAAACAACGUAUUCCCAGCAUACUGCUCCCACUUAUUUACUAUUUAUUGACAUAUUUAUUGAAUUCUAUUUAUUUCAAAGUGUGUUUUAUUUCUCUUGCAACACAGAGAUACAGUGUUUUACAUCAGACUUUUAUUUUUUGGUAUUUGAUAGAUAAAUAUAUUUGUGUGUGACGGACAAUAAAGCAUUUGAAACGGC